AGAGAGAGAAGGAGAGAGGGGCAAAGGAGAAGGGAGAGAGGGAGAGCGUGCCAGACAGGAAGGAGCGCCCUAGAGUCUCCGAAGCACGAAAGAGAUAACCAAUUAGGAAUUUUCGGGCACUGUCACCCACCCCGAGAGCAGCCAGAGACUAACCAUCACCCCAACUCUGACGUUUCCUACAAGAAGUUAGAGACUUAAGCAGUAUUGACAUCGGAGGGAAAUGGUAUGUUUGAUGCUGUGGAAAAUACCCCCGAGCUGAAGAAGUGCAACUGGAUGUUGUGUGUGCGUUAAAUACCAGAAGAGCUCAGACCCCGUGGGUAAUAGAGACGAAAUGUGGAGAGAAUGACUAACGACAAAUCUGUGAAUUUGUUCUCUGGAGUUGCUAAUUUGCCAGCCCGAAGCAACACAUUUUACAAGGAGGAAACGUUUUGCUGCUUCUGAUUUCUCCCCAAACUGGUGCUACCAGACGCAUGGCUUUCUAUAUGUUGGAACAGCUCAUUUCUAACUGCAGCAUACCGGGAAAGGGGAAAGGUUGAGGCAACUAACUGGCUGUCUCCAAAUAAGUCAUGAGAUGUAAUGCAUCCUCCAGCCCAUGCACGCUUCCUCUUGCAAUUUGUGCAUCAUUCCUCAGUGGAAACCUUUAAACCCUAAAACCCAGGAAAAGAAAAUAAAUACAUUAUCAUGGACCUGAGGGAUUUUUACCUGUUGGCUGCUCUGAUUGCCUGCUUAAGGCUGGAUUCUGCAAUAGCUCAAGAACUUAUUUACACUAUUAGAGAGGAAUUGCCUGAAAAUGUGCCCAUAGGAAACAUACCAAAGGAUCUGAACAUUUCUCACAUCAAUGCUGCCACAGGGACCAGCGCUAGCCUUGUCUACAGACUGGUUUCUAAAGCUGGGGAUGCCCCUUUGGUGAAAGUAUCCAGUAGCACUGGCGAAAUUUUCACGACCUCCAAUAGAAUAGACAGAGAAAAACUCUGUGCUGGAGCCUCUUAUGAUGAGGAGAAUGAGUGUUUCUUUGAACUUGAGGUGGUGAUCCUCCCCAAUGAUUUUUUCAGGCUGAUCAAAAUUAAAAUAAUUGUCAAGGAUACCAAUGAUAAUGCCCCCAUGUUUCCAUCUCCUGUCAUCAAUAUUUCCAUCCCAGAAAACACUUUGAUCAACAGCCGCUUUCCAAUUCCAUCAGCAACAGAUCCUGACACAGGCUUCAAUGGUGUACAGCAUUAUGAAUUGUUAAAUGGGCAGAGUGUUUUUGGACUGGAUAUCGUGGAAACUCCGGAAGGAGAGAAGUGGCCACAAUUGAUUGUUCAGCAAAACUUGGACAGAGAACAGAAAGAUACCUAUGUGAUGAAAAUCAAAGUAGAGGAUGGAGGCACUCCACAGAAAUCCAGCACAGCCAUACUGCAGAUCACAGUAAGUGAUGUAAAUGACAACAGGCCAGUGUUUAAAGAGGGUCAAGUGGAGGUGCACAUUCCAGAGAAUGCUCCCGUAGGCACCUCUGUAAUUCAGCUCCAUGCCACUGAUGCAGAUAUAGGCAGUAAUGCUGAAAUCCGGUACAUUUUUGGUGCCCAGGUCGCCCCUGCAACCAAAAGACUCUUUGCUUUAAAUAAUACUACUGGGUUGAUUACAGUUCAGAGGUCCUUAGAUCGAGAGGAGACAGCCAUUCACAAAGUGACAGUGCUGGCCAGUGAUGGCAGCUCCACUCCCGCUCGAGCAACGGUUACCAUCAAUGUUACUGAUGUAAAUGAUAACCCUCCCAACAUAGACCUCAGGUACAUUAUAAGUCCCAUCAAUGGCACAGUGUAUUUGUCUGAGAAAGAUCCUGUCAAUACAAAGAUCGCCCUAAUUACAGUUUCAGAUAAGGACACAGAUGUGAAUGGCAAAGUGAUCUGUUUUAUUGAAAGAGAGGUCCCGUUUCAUUUGAAGGCAGUAUACGACAACCAAUAUUUGUUAGAGACCUCCUCUUUGUUGGACUAUGAGGGCACCAAAGAAUUCAGCUUUAAAAUUGUUGCCUCUGAUUCUGGGAAGCCCAGUUUAAAUCAGACUGCUCUGGUAAGGGUUAAGCUUGAGGACGAAAAUGACAACCCACCAAUUUUCAACCAGCCUGUAAUUGAGCUGUCAGUUUCUGAAAACAACCGACGUGGGUUGUACUUAACAACUAUUAGUGCCACAGAUGAAGACAGUGGGAAAAAUGCAGAUAUUGUUUAUCAGCUUGGACCGAAUGCCUCCUUCUUUGAUCUGGACCGAAAGACAGGAGUUUUGACAGCCUCCAGAGUCUUUGACAGAGAAGAACAAGAAAGAUUCAUUUUUACAGUAACUGCCAGGGACAAUGGGACCCCUCCCCUCCAAAGCCAAGCGGCUGUGAUAGUUACUGUUCUGGAUGAGAAUGACAAUAGCCCCAAGUUUACUCAUAAUCAUUUUCAAUUUUUUGUGUCUGAGAAUCUGCCAAAGUAUAGUACCGUGGGGGUAAUCACAGUGACAGAUGCAGAUGCUGGAGAGAAUAAAGCUGUGACUCUUUCCAUUUUAAAUGACAAUGAUAAUUUUGUGUUGGAUCCCUAUUCUGGAGUCAUAAAGUCAAAUGUCUCAUUUGACAGAGAGCAGCAGAGUUCCUACACUUUCGAUGUCAAAGCCACUGAUGGGGGACAACCACCCCGUUCCUCUACUGCAAAAGUAACUAUAAAUGUCAUGGAUGUCAAUGACAAUAGUCCAGUUGUCAUUUCGCCACCUUCUAAUACUUCUUUUAAGUUGGUGCCUCUCUCAGCCAUUCCUGGCUCCGUGAUAGCAGAAGUUUUUGCAGUGGAUAUUGACACUGGGAUGAAUGCUGAACUUAAGUAUACAAUUGUGAGUGGGAACAACAAAGGCCUGUUUCGGAUUGAUCCAGUAACAGGUAACAUAACUCUGGAAGAAAAACCAGCACCUACUGAUGUGGGCUUGCACCGAUUGGUGGUCAACAUAAGUGACCUGGGAUACCCUAAGUCUCUGCACACACUUGUGCUUGUUUUUCUUUAUGUUAAUGACACUGCUGGCAAUGCCUCCUAUAUCUAUGACUUGAUUCGCAGGACUAUGGAGACCCCAUUGGACAGGAACAUAGGUGAUAGCAGCCAACCCUAUCAAAACGAGGACUAUCUCACCAUCAUGAUUGCCAUUGUCGCAGGUGCCAUGGUGGUCAUCGUCGUGAUCUUCGUCACCGUUCUGGUGCGCUGUCGCCAUGCAUCAAGAUUCAAAGCAGCUCAGAGGAGCAAGCAAGGUGCCGAAUGGAUGUCCCCCAACCAGGAGAACAAACAAAACAAGAAAAAGAAAAGGAAGAAAAGAAAGUCUCCCAAGAGCUCUCUUUUGAACUUUGUUACCAUCGAAGAGUCCAAACCCGAUGAUGCAGUUCACGAACCCAUCAAUGGGACAAUAAGCCUGCCGGCUGAGCUGGAAGAGCAAAGCAUAGGUAGAUUUGACUGGGGUCCGGCACCUCCAACCACCUUCAAGCCGAACAGCCCUGACCUGGCCAAGCACUACAAAUCCGCUUCUCCACAGCCCGCUUUCCAUCUUAAACCAGACACUCCGGUUUCUGUGAAAAAGCAUCACGUGAUUCAGGAGCUCCCGUUGGACAACACCUUUGUCGGGGGUUGUGACACCCUUUCCAAACGCUCUUCCACUAGUUCAGAUCACUUCAGUGCCUCAGAGUGCAGUUCCCAAGGAGGCUUCAAGACAAAGGGCCCCUUACACACCAGACAGAAAUGCAGAGCCAAGAAAGAGGGACCGAGGAUAUAGGAGAUAUGACUAUGCAUUUUGAACUUCAGCGUUCACUGCCAUGGACAAUAUCAAAUUCAGAAAAAUACACAGUUUCUUUCAACUCUGUUUCCCCAUGUGAUUAAAUGUUCUCUCAUUUCUAUUUCCCUCUAUUCUGUACACAGCUGCUGUUUUCUUUGUUUCUGAUAUUUCAACUAAUUUAACAUUACAGUUAUGCUCAAACUUUAGCAUUUCUCACACCUAGAAAAAGAAAUGCUGGUUCUUUUAUAUUUCAAAUUGAUAUUGCUUUUGAUUUUCAACUUUUUUUCUCAAAUUAGAUGUCUGGGGUAAUAUUCAAGCCUUUUUUUCUCCUUGCUUUUUAUAAUGUGAGUAGAUAACAUUUUUUGGUCCUUAAAAAUCUUCUUUAAUAAGUAUGUGUUAAAUGAAUCGGGGAGAGGAGAAUAAUCAAAUUAAGAACAAUCUUCCCUUUCAAAUUUAUAAUAUAUGACUCUCUUCUACUAUUUCCUGUGCAGAAGAAAUAAAGUUCUUUUAUUUUAAAUUCAUUAUGCAAAUGUUUAUAUGCAUUCUAACAUAAAAAAAGAAAUAUUUGUUGUGAUGGCCUGAGGGUUAGGAGGAGAACAGGCUUUGUAGCACCGUAACAAACCCCCGAAGAAAAGUUAACCCAGCAUAUAACACAGAUUCAGUGGGAAGAAGAGAACUACGGAUAAUCCAUCACUUUUGUGUCAUGACCUCUGUUGAAUUCACUAGCAAAUUCUGUGUUAUUGAAUCAUAAUGACAGCUCCAGAUACAAAUGUCAUGACUUUGCUAUGUUCCCUGGGUCUUGCCACAUCACCACAACCAUUUUAUAUUCCCUUCCUGGGGACACUUUGGAAGAUUUAGAGGCUUUCAACCUAAUCUGACUGGCUCCACACAAACAGCUGGAGCUUUGCCAAGAGCCGAGCCUGAUUAUGUCAACAAGAUGCUGUGUCCACAGGAGAGCACCAGCUGGGUGUUCAGGGAAGCUCUGGGAACUGCCAUGAAUUAGCUUUAUAUGCUCCAAGAGGCAAUUUCCUAUAAAAACAAACUUCAAAAGCUGCCAGAGGAAAUUGUUUCCCAUUGGAACCAGGCCUAGCAGGCAACUGUCUUUAGCAACUGUGUUGCUUUGGUAGUCAGUCCUCAGGACUUACAAUGCUUAGCCCCUGGACUUGAGUUUCAAGACAGAACCAGAGCCCAAUUAACACCGCACAUGUCAAAACACUUCUGCAAUAAUUGUGGAGCUGCCAUUCUACACACAAUUAUUUAAGUUAUUGUUUUUCAGUUUAAAGUAAGAUAGCUAAACAGAUAUUUCCUGACUUCAACUUAAAGAGGGUUGUUCUAUAACUUCAAAGAGGUCAUUCUAUUAAACACAGCAUCCAGAUUAAGAAGAGAUGCAGAAAGCACUCCACAUUUCAUUAGCCUCUUGCUGGAGUGUUAAAUGGAACAGUAGGAAGCUUCACUUACUGGUAUAUUUAAAUAUUAGUGGCAUUUAAAUAAGGGUUAUUCAUUUUUGUCUACCUCUUCAUUAUAUUUCUUUCCUAAGAGUGUUCUAGCCAAAAGACCACCAGAAAGGUUAACUCUUAGAUUCUCCAAUGUGCUGUGAGUUUGGCAUCUUACAGCAGCAUAUAUGAGUAGCUCUACAUAACGACUUUUUGUAUUUCCUGUAAAGCAAACACCUACAGAGUUUGAGAGGGUUCUAGUGUUCUUCUGGUCUUCUACAAAAUUUAGAAAUAUCUAUUGGGGUUUGGGGGUUUUAUAAUAUGUAUGCAUCUAAAAAUAUGUAAACACUUGGAAAGAUCAUUAGGCAUAUGGAAAUUAUAUUCAGGACAUGAAUUGGAAAACACGUUGAGGGGACACAAGAGCAUAAAGAUCAUGUUUAUAUAAGGAAUGCAAUAUGAUUGCAAAGGAAUGAAUUUAUGAGUUGAGUUUUUUCAAUCUACCAAUUUUUCUUUCAUAGGAACAGAUAUUUUGGUAACAGUUUUAUUGAACUUAAGUAUCUAUCUGCUAAUUUCCAUCUAUGCAGGCAGAACAAAGUGAAACAAGUAAUGGUCAAGUCAUUUCUAUCCAUCUGUUCACAUUUUCCUAUAGAAGCCAAAGAAGAACUUAUUCCAAUUUCAAAUUUAUGAAAAAGCUUUCCUCUCUGUGUAGUUUUAAUUUGAAAGCCUAUAGUGGUAUGCUUAUAAAGGCCAACUCUGCAAACAUUAUUUGAUAUCACUUCACUCACAAAAUUGUGACCUCUUUUCUAUAAGAAAUUGCUAACUUAAAAUUCAAAACUAUAGGUAAAAUAGGGGAAAAUGUAAUAAUCACCAGCUAUUCAAUCUUUCACCUAUGAAAAAUAAUCAAUCAUGUACCCUAGUUAAAAUAAUCUUUUAAGAAUUUUGAGAAAUACAAAGAUAAGAAAGAGUGCCUACCCCCAACCUAGUAUUUAGGUUAAACUCCCUAAAUUGGAAGGACCGAUACAUGGUAGGUGAAGAAAAAAUACAACUUGAUGCUGGCCACAAGGAGGAACAGAGCAAAUGAGGAAGAGGAGAUUUUUGAUUCCCCACCUUGAGUGUAAAGAGGCCAAGACCUUUUAUGUAGGAGUUGGUAUUUCAGAUGAUAGCAACAAGCUGAAUUUUAUACCUAUGGAAAUAUAAGUAAAGGAAGGAGAAAAGACAAAAGGAUUAGUAUCAACAAAACAAGACCUGGGCUCCAGGGGAAAUUUGAAGUCUAGUUUUGUUAGAAAGAAGGAAAAAAGAAAUAAGGUGGGACAUAUUCCCUAAAUGUUACUCUGAGAAACAAAUAAAGAUGGUAGAGUGAGGUGAGAGCAUCACAGCUUUCUUUUGGGUACAUUUACCUGUGUUAAGCUACAUGAUUGUUGAGAAAGGGAAAGAUUGAUUGGCUGGGAGACUACAGACCUAGAGA